AUGAACGCGCGUUCCUUAGUUACAAGCGGGAAAAGAAAAGCCAAAAAAUUAGAAAAGCCCGCUACCCUCCCUGCCCUAAGCAUUUUCACGCAUCUUUCAUUCUCCUCACACUGUUGUGCAACUUCUCAAUUACGACGUCAUCUCCAUCUCUCGACUUCAUCAUCUCAAUCAAGAAAAAGGGCUUCUAAGACUCGCUCAAUUGCUAAAAGCCUGGGAUUUGCUAGCUUCUCUCUCAACACCACCACACUUCUCUUUCUCGCCACCAUUACCACCGCCCAAACUCCAACUCCAACACCACCGUCACCGCCACCAACAUCCGAUUCCUGCAACGGCAUCUACUUAUCCUACACUUACACAUCUGGAUCCAAGCUCCCACCAAACCGAACAUCAAAUCAACCCUACCGCUUUGAAUCAACCCUCAGAGUCCUCAAUAACGCCGACAAAGAGCUUAAAUCAUGGAGGGUGUUUGUGGGUUUUCAGCAUGAUGAGUACUUGGUAUCUGCUUCUAAUGCUGUAAUUGCUGAUGGGUCUGCUACUUUUCCGGGUCCAGUUGGAAACGACACCGUUUUUGCUGGAUUUCCAAGUGUUGAUCUCAAGACUGCUAUUGAAACUGCUGGAGAUGUGAAUCAGAUGUCGGUUGAGGUCGAUUUUGUGGGUACGCAGUUCGGAGUCGACUCGCCCGCUGUUCCUAUGCCUUCAAAUAUUUCUCUAGUGAAUGAUGGCUUUAUUUGCCCUAGACCUUCUAUGCAAGUGACUAAAGAUUCAAGUGCAUUAGUUUCACCAUAUCCAAGACCCCCUCUCUUAGGAUUUGUCCAUGUGGAAGAUUGCAAGAUCCAUAAACUCCAAAUCACCACCCAGAAGAGGAAUUUGACUCGUCACUUGGAUCAAGAAGAGGAAAUUCUACCAAAAUCAGUAUGCCUUCUGCAACCAGCUUUUAACAGCCCCAGCUACUCCUCUCUUCCCUUCACUGGAAUCUGA